AUGGCCAUGCUUCUUCGUGUUCUCCUCCUCUCGUUGGCCCUUUUCGGAGCUCCUUGCUCAGCUGACAAUGCUGCUCGAUAUGCAGUCCAUCAAAUUAUGAGUGUCGUUGAGAAGGCGUACAUUCAUAGAGACAUUACUUCGAUCCUUUAUCUUCUCGACACCUCAUUCAACUAUACCAUGUGUGGUUACCAAGGAACUAUGAGUACGUUCAAGGGAUAUCUGGAGGUUCAGAUGGACUCGCUCAUGGAUCUUAAGUUCUUGGUCGACUAUGACAAUGCAUACAUCGAAACAAAGGAUGACCUGGAAACUUUGACGUUCCACGUGGAUUCUCAAGCACUCUACAAAGACAAAUCUCGUGUGGAAGGAGGUGCUGUGGUGACUGCGAUCAAGAAGAAGUACGCUCCGAUCUUCUACCUCUCGCAUAUCCAUCAACAAUGCCGUGUUACCGCCAAAAGACAUCAUCGUUUGUACCGUCUGUUCACCAAUGAGGAUCUCUAUGACUACAGAAAAUAA